AGCGAAAGCCGAGCGCUGGUGGGCGCGCUCCCCAACCCUUAUAAAAGCCCGGGGCUUCCCCACACCCGUCCUGGACUAGAUCUGCAACGGGAGAGCGGCGGCGCUCAGUCUCCCUGAUCGGGGCCCCCAGGAGAUCAAGUUUGGUCUUAUCAAUGGACUAUAAAAAUGCACCCGAGAACAUCAAGGUCAAUAUUCCAAGCUCAAAUGCCUCCCUGCCACCCUCCACAUCUGGCACUAACUCCUUAGGACAACAGAAUGGGGCAACUUUGGGGAGACCUGCAGCAGCCAACGCUGCCCGAGAGCGUAGCCGAGUGCAGACCCUACGACAUGCCUUCUUGGAGUUACAGAGAACUCUGCCCUCUGUACCACCUGACACUAAGCUCUCCAAGUUGGAUGUAUUGCUUCUAGCCACCACCUACAUUGCCCAUCUCACCCGCAGCUUGCAGGAUGAAGAAGAAUUGCCUGGCAAGGGCUUGGGAACCCUGAGAGGGGAUGGCUACCUACACCCUGUUAAGAAAUGGCCAAUGAGAUCACGCCUAUACAUUGGAGCAUCAGGACAAUUUUUGAAUCCCUCAGUGCAAGCAGAAAAUGUAAAUCAAGGAGAAACCUCAACAAAUUCUCAAAUUUAAUCCUGUUUUUUUCUUAAAUGCUGUUAUAUUUAUUAUUCCAUAUAUAUUUAAAUUGAGUCUUCCAAUAUCUGUGAUAUUUCUUCCAAUUGACCAGCAUCCUUAGAUGGUAGUCUUGAAAUUCAGCAUAUUUGUUUGGAUUGCUUUCUUCACAGCCAGGGACAACGUGUUCAUCUCAGUUGUGCAGUAUAAUUCAUUUGUUUCUUACAUAGCUAUUAUUUCUCAAAAGGCAAAAUAUACUUUUCAUUGUGUGAAUGUUGCUACUAUUGAAAUCCAUAAGAUACCAGCUCAUGUGUCAUCUUGUUUAUGAGAACAUAUCCUUUUCUUUGUGAAGAAAUGGCUGAAUGUAAUGUAGUGGAUAAUUUACAGGCAUUCUACAACCUUUGUUGAUAAUUUAUGAAAUGUGGAUUGAUGUACACCAAUUCCAAAAAAAUUAAAUGAGAUAACCAAAUACUGUAGUUGAUUUUUAAGCUAAUGUUUAAAAGCUGAGCCACACGGUCACCUUGAACUGUGGGAUGGGCGGAAAUAAAUUUGAUAAAUAAAUAAAAUAAAUAAUGCAUCCAAGCUUUGGGGACUUUUAACUGAGAAAAGUUCUGCAUAACUAUUUCAAGUAUUCCAGUGAUCCAUGUCAUAUACUCAGAUAUAUUUAUUCAUAAUUUGCCAUGUGUGUCACAGAAUUGUGAUAGAUGACAUAAGGCAAUAUUUUUCUCACAGGUUGUCCUUAACAUUUGUCAUGCUCAAAGGUAAGCAAGUCAAAUCUAAACUGCAAUUGUGUUCAAUAACUAUUAAGAUGUCAGUUCAAGCCCUCAAUAUUAAGGUAGUUGGUGUUUUGAAGAAUUAAUCCAAGAAAUACUGCAAAACUGGAUGUACGAAUUUUAGACAUGAAAUUCUGUUGAUGUUAGAGUAUCUCAGCAAAAAAAUGUUACUUUGAAGAAUAAGUUAAAGCUUUCACACUUUCUUAAAAAUAUGUUCAAAAUUCUUUUUACAAUGUAUUGUUAUAAACUGUACAUCUAUUAAUUUUUCAUAAAUACUUGAUCAUUUUAUUUAUAUUGUGUAUAUAUAAUCACUUUUCAAUUUACAACAAUUCAUACAACUAAUGAAACUGAUCCUGAGAAAUGUAUGCCCUAUCUUUAUUUCAGUUUGUAGAGUACCUGAAGAUUCUUUGCUCUUGCUCUUGCAAAUCAAGACAGCUCUCCCACUGGAAAUAUUACUUACAUGCUGUUUUGUUAACUAGCUAAAGCAGAAACAAAAGUUAUUCCAAAACACAAGUAUGGCAUAAAAAUAAUGAAUGCAGCUUUGUAGAUUAAAUAUGGCUAUUAACUCUAUAGUAUAAUUUGCUAUUGGUUGUGUUUAUCUGUAUCUUAAAAGUACCAAUUAUUUUGGGAAAGAGCUUACUUCUGCUUCAACAUAUACAUAUGCUUUACAAAUGAUGCUCACCACAGAAUAUGAAGCUUGCAUAUUUGGUUAAUUAGAUUUAAUAAAUGAUUACAAGUACAGACAAUUUUUCUUAUUGUAUGAAUAAAUUAUUUGCAAAAUUCUCUCUCAAAUAAUGUUU